AUGGGCUUAAUCUGGGAGGUACGGCAGAUUUCAAGCUCACAUGUGGUUGAGUUGCGGUUACGUGCUGGCGACGGAUUGCCGCAGGUAUGGCGGUAUGCUGUCUGGAGGAGCCGACACAAGCUGCAGUACGGACUGGACCUAAUAUCAAUAUCAGUGCCAACGCACUGGCGGUCGCCUGCUCUGAUUCUGCCGACAGAGCAUGUCCUAGGUCGGACGGCCGGUGAUAAAUCCGGUCUGUUGCUUAAUCGGGUGAAAGAGAGAGGCUCGCAGCCAAAACGUGUAAGAGUAGUAGGGUAUGUUACCACUAUAUCAGAAAGGCGUGAUCAGUCAUAG